AUGUUAAAACUGCGACAGAUGCAGCAGCGAAAGCAGCAGGAGAAGCAGCAGCAGAGUGGUUCUGCGCUAGUACUGGAAACAAGUCUGACUCCAGCGCAGUUGCGAUUAAGGCAAGAUUUAGCCUCGAUAGAUAUUCCACCGACCGUUCUGCUCGACGAGAGCGAUCUACUUGCCAAUUCUACGGCUUACAUGACGAUUCUGCCUGAUGAAGGUUUCUACCGUUCUGGGACAUUCAAGUUUUCAUUGCAUUUCAAAGACACAUAUCCCAUUGAACCGCCGAAAGUCAAAUGUCUUAACAAGAUCUACCAUCCAAACAUAGACGUGAGUGGCAACGUGUGCCUGAACAUUCUCAGAGAAGACUGGUCGCCAGUUUUGGACCUCCAGAGCAUCUUAGUUGGACUCCUGCUGCUGUUCCUGGAGCCCAAUGCCAAAGACCCCUUGAACAAAGACGCGGCAUUUGAUCUUCAAGCCGAUGCGAACAAGUUUGGUGCCCACGUUCAAGCGACUAUGCGCGGAGGCGUUCUGCGAAAUGUACGGUACGACCGCGUAGUUUCCUAA